GUGAGAAAAGUGUUUAAGAGUUAUUUUGUAAAAAAUUCUUCCAAAAGUAGGAAAAUGGAUAUUUUCAGAAUUUUCUUUGCUUAUGUUCUUCCAAUGAGUCUUGUGAUUGCAACACCUGUCCAAGAGGUCUCAGGCAAUUCGAAUCAAGUUUUAGAGCCUGAAGAGAUUCCUGAAUUAUCAAUUGAACCACGUGUAACAUGUGACCUUCUGGGUCCAACAGGAUGGGGAGAUGCACUGUGUGCUGCACACUGCAUUGCUCUUGGACAUAAGGGUGGUUGGUGUGAUUCUCAUAAAGUCUGCAAUUGUCGCUGAAGAAAAAUAUUUCUUUUCCUUCAAUUUGUAUCAAAUCUUUCUAAGAAAUAAAUGUUCUUUAUUUAUUGAA